AUGGGAAAGCAGAACAGUAAACUGAGGCCUGAGAUGCUUCAGGACCUGAGGGAGAACACGGAGUUCUCUGACCACGAGCUGCAGGAGUGGUACAAGGGGUUCCUUAAAGACUGCCCUAGUGGACAUCUUAAUGUGGAAGAGUUCAAGAAGAUCUAUGCUAACUUCUUCCCGUAUGGUGAUGCCUCAAAGUUUGCCGAGCACGUCUUUCGCACUUUCGACACCAACAACGACGGCACCAUCGACUUCCGGGAGUUCAUCAUUGCGCUUAGCGUGACAUCACGUGGGAAGCUGGAGCAGAAGCUUAAGUGGGCGUUCAGCAUGUAUGACCUGGACGGUAACGGUUACAUCAGCCGUGAGGAAAUGCUGGAGAUUGUACAGGCUAUUUAUAAGAUGGUUUCAUCAGUAAUGAAAAUGCCAGAGGAUGAGUCCACACCUGAGAAGAGAACAGAUAAGAUCUUCAGACAAAUGGACUUGAACAAUGACGGCAAGCUCUCCCUGGAAGAGUUCAUCAAAGGUGCCAAAAGCGACCCCUCCAUCGUGAGGCUACUGCAGUGUGACCCCAGCAGUGCCUCGCAGUUUUGA